AUGUACACUUCGUUAUUAUUUACGGUUUUCCCCCUAUUGUCACUGGCCCUGAAUUUUUGCACGGAAACCUCGGAGCAGCUGUUCAACUACCGCGUCAUCGGCGCGGCCACACCAAACAGUUCGCUCUCCUUUUACGCGCUGGUGUUCUCCUCUGAUGGCGGCGGGUACACGGAAAUGUGUGGAGGGACAGUGUUGAAUGAUAGAUGGAUCCUGACUGCUGCUCAUUGUUUGCCGAAGGGUCUGGUCGGAUCAUCGGUGAGGCUGGGGUUGAGGACGAUGAACGAGGUGUCGCAAAACGUGCGGAUUGUCAAAACUGUGUCGCAUCGCGGGUUUAAUAUCCGGAGCACACGCGACGACAUCGCGCUAUUGAAGACAGCUCAUGCCAUAAAAAUAGGCCAUGGCGUGACGACCGUUUGCCUGACGCGUGAUGAUACAAAAUUGCUCGGCAAGGGCUCAAAAGCGCUGGUGGCGGGUUUUGGAAAGGCCGUCGAAAGAAUACCCCUCGGUGUGCGGAUAACGAACGGCCCGGCAGACCGGUUGAAGACCUCGGUCGUUCCGUUGCAGGACACGAAGACCUGCUCGCUUAAUUGGUGGCGGGCUUCCGGAGGCACGACAACCGUCGGCUCGACGCAAAUUUGCGCGGGGAGCUUGGGUCACGGUUCGGCGCCGGGCGAUUCGGGAGGACCGCUGUUGGUUAGGGACCGAUUUGGGAAUGUGGUGCAGAUUGGAAUCACGUCAUUUGGUGCUAAUGGUUUUGAAGGGGUGCUAGAUCAAGCGACAUUCCCAGGUGUUUACACGCGUGUUUCUGCUUAUAUACCGUGGAUUGAGCGGGCGCUGAACUACUACGCCAACGGCUUCGACUCGCUCUAUAAUGGCGGAGGGCUGAAAAGCGCCAUUCAAGCGGUGGUCAGCGCCAAUCCAAGCUUUACGCUCCUCUGCACGGGCCACUCGCUAGGAGGUGCCUUGGCGACCGUACUCGCCGCCACCGUCGUCGCCGAGAAAAUGCUGCCCUCCGCCCUACUGCAGCUGAUCACGUUCGGCUCUCCCCGGGUGGGCGACACGAAUUUCGGGGCCACGGUGGAGCGGCUGCUACCGUACCGCUUCCGCGUCGUCAACCAGAACGAUCUGGUCCCGGAAAUGCCGCCGCUGAAGCUCGACGACACGGCCGCCCCACAGCACGUCACGUUUGAGGUGUUCUACCGGUCAGGAAUGGGCCCCGGGGCCCAGUAUACGGUAUGCCGGAUGAAUGAGGACCCGACGUGCCGGAAUGGGGUCACCACUUCCGAUUUGGCCGUCCACCCGAUGUACUUUAAUGUGUCGAUUGAUACUUGGUACCUGAAGGGAUGUGCAUAU